CCCCACGAGCCAUUAUAGUCGUUCCGAAGUUCUCGCCCGUAACAGUUCAAGUUCAUCAAGCCACCAGGUCGGCUGGCAAGCAACUCUGCUCGUCCUCCCUUGGCAAAAUCCACACCCAAAAUCCAUCGGUUCAGUAUUCGCGCGCGAAGCGUGGCAAGUUCAAAAGCACUGUAACCGUCAGCUGAUUCGGAAGCACUUUUAGUCGGUGUGCUUAUUGCUAUCUUCGUCAGACUCUUACUCUUUCGAGGGUUUCACAUUUACUUAGUGGUUUCACUUAGAAGCGUCUGGUUCGAGAAGUUUCAUAAGAGGAAAUCUCUUCUUACCCCCUCCCCGUGUGUACUCUUCGACGUCAUCUGGCACCGUUGAUUCUGCGAUGCGUCCCCUAGUUCGCAGUACCAGCACGAUGUCUCUGGUGCCGGUUCACUACCGCAGCUGGUGGGAUGACUGGGAUCUGCCACUGUAUUCGCGGGUUAUGGAGAAGUCCAUCACCGAAGAGGUCCUCAGCGAUGAUCCCCUCUGGUGGCGUCAUCCCCCGAUGCCUCCGCUACGCUGGUCCAGUUUGUGGCGUCCUUGGAAGUACUUCACCCUGCGGGACGUCGGUUCCCGGGUCGAUUCAGACCGGGAAAAGUUUGUGAUCGAAGUCGACGUGCAUCAGUUUGCCCCGCACGAGGUCACCGUGAGAAAAACCGAUAAAUACAUCACCAUCGAGGGCAAACACGAGGAGAAGCGCGAUGAGCAGGGUUACGUCUCGAGGCAGUUCUCGCGGCGCUAUCUGCUUCCAAUUGGAUAUGAUGCAAACCUGGUUGUAUCAUCCCUCUCCUCGGAUGGAGUCCUGACCGUCACUGCCCCGAGAAUCGGUCUGCCAGCCCCAAAAGUGGAGAAAUUCGUCCCCAUUUGGCACACCGGCAAGCCUGCCAUCGAGGAUAAGAAGUAAAACUCGUCCACAAAUCGUGAGCCGAAGAUGUCAAAAUAUCACCUUCACCAAAGACAACAUACCAAAGAACGAGCGAGUAAAACAAGCUAAACUCCGUACAUCUACCAAUAGCAGUUCAGAAAUCUAAAUCUACCAGAGACCACAUUUGAACCCACUGCCCCUCCUCCCAAAUUUGAACAGCUGCAGUUGAAGAUGAAAAGUCCUAUAUUUCGAAUGUUUGGUUUCCGUUUCGUUUUUUGUUGUUGCUCUCAUUUUCCAUUGUUUUAGGUGCAGCCAAUAUGGUUUGUUGAUCAUUGUAUUUUAUUUAUUCUUUUCCCUUCCAUUAUUGUAGUUUUCGAAUCGGGUUCUACCUUAAAUAGAUUUUGUUGAGGCACCUUACAGCUCAGACAUGAUACUCACCUUGAAAGGCGAAAGGCACCCGAAAAUAAAAAUAAGCAUAAUAUAACGAACAGCGCCCUCUCGCGUAGCAGAAAGGCACGAUAUCCAAAACUCAAUCGGGAAAAUAUUGACAGAAAUCAAAUCGAGGCCACAUUGUGAUGCACAGACAGCAGAUAAUAAUAAAACGCAAACUUCAACUCACCAGACACCAAAGAUUGCGAUGAUGGUAGGCUCUCGGAGUGGAGAGUGCAAUGGAUCCGUCGUCGUGAAAUAGGCUUAGAAUAUCAUCGUAGCGAAUGAAAGUGACUAAUCCAUCCUAGCUGGCAUGUGGCACAAAAUGUGAUUCAAUAAUAGUGUACGUUAUAGAUGUGAAAAUUUUAUCGAUACAUUUGAUUGAUUGUUAGUUAACAGAAGAAUAAACCGUCACGUUUUCCGAAAUACAUCA